AUGUCAACUCCAUUCUAUGUUCCGGUCUCGCUCAAUCAUACCGCCCUUCUUCUCUCCGAUGUACAAUCUCAAAUCCUCCGACGCUUCUCCCAGGAAGAGCAGACUGCUUAUCUCGGCAAAGUCCUGAAACUUCUAAACUUCUUUCGCUCAGAAAUUAAAUCUCGCCGUGCCUCAGGCAAGCCAAACGACUCUCGCUCCCUCUAUGAUGAUGUACCGCUGAUCAUCCACCAUACACUACCCUUCAACAUCAACUCGAAUGCGUUCGUGUCACCGUACAAUAAGCUAGCAAGCUGGGUUUCCAAGCUCGAAGCAAGCGGUGCCUUCGCCAAUGCACCUUCUGAUCCCCAUCGCCCUCACUAUGGUGUUCCGGCCGAGCUAGUCCCUCCUGGUGGCUGGGGCGGGAAGAACGAAAUUUUACUUGGCAAACUCCAGCCAAACUGUUUUGGAUCCUCAGACCUGUUGGCCUAUCUGAGGGCUCGCGGGAUUAGGCAUGUUGUAUUAGUCGGUUUGACGACCAUGGGUAGCAUUCUGAGCAGUGCAAGGGCUGGUGCAGAGCUGGACUUUCAUGUGAUCUGUGUUGAGGAUGGGAUUAUUGAUGACAACCCCGAGGUUCAUGAGUUCAUCAUGAAGCGUAUCCUACCUAAGUUUGUUGACGUCGUCACGGUCAAGGAUAUUGUGACCCUCGGAAAGGAAAGGUCAAGCGGCUAA